AUGGAGUUGUUGGAGAAACGAUUGAUAGAGGACAAUGUUUUGCAAAAAGCUCCAUAUAGUUUAAAAGAUUCCAAAGGAUACACAACUAGGUAUGAAGAGAAUCCUAGGGGUCCACCAGGACAGACAACAUUGCCAGAUUCCUCAGAAACAAUGGAUGCAAAAUUACUUCAUGAGAAAGGUAUGAAAAAUGAAAAAGAAAUUAGGAGACUACCAAUUCCUCCAACGAGUGGAUCAGGCGUAGCACAUAUGUCUAAGACCUACAUUAAAGGACCCAGCACUUCAUCCAUGAAAGAUUCAGAGAUGAAUCAACGUCAUGAGAGGGACAAUUUUAAUCCUACACUUUCAACAACACAUGAUAACAAAAGUGUGGUGGUUGAAGACAAAGGAGGAGGAUCACCUAUAUCACCAGGUUCAUUGAAGGCAUCAGGUCAUGAAUCAUGUGCUGGUCCUGGAAUUCUAUCAGUUCAAUGGACCAGGGAACAAGAAACGAUGGAAUUUGAGAUUGCAUUAUAUCAAGAUGAAACUUUGACUUUCAUCAUUCAAAUUGCAUGUAGGCCAUCUGAAAACUACAUUUUGAGGUUCAUAUUUGACAAUGAAAAUACAGCCAAAAACCUUCAGAAGAUUUUAUCAGAGCAAGGCUAUGAACUGAAAACUGGUACUAAUAAAAUGCAUAUUAAAAAAUCAACAAAACCUCCAGAGCUUAUCAGAGAUGAAAUAGAAAAAGCAAUUAUCACUGUGAAAGGAAUAUGGAAAAUACAUGUUCACUGUACAGUGACCACUUUUGCAGAUUAUGAACUUGUUGAGAAAUGUAAAACAAUUAGUACUGCGUGUGCUGAAGGCAAUGUAGCAGUGUAUGUUGAAGACAAGAAAAUAUGGAUGAUAGGUAGAAAUGAGAAGGAAUUAAAGAAACUGGAAGAAAAAUUGAUGGAAAAAUGUUUUGUGUACAAAGAUCAGAUUCAAGACUUGACUGAAACCAUGUACAAUUCAAAAGAUGAUUUGGUUAUUGCACUAGGUGGAAAAGAAAUGAAACUUGGAUCUUUAAAAAUAGGUUCUUCCCAAAAGUUAAGACCUCUGGAGAUACGUUGCAGUAAAGAAGAUUAUUAUAAACUCCUCCUAAUCUUUGAAAGUGAAAGUUUUAGGAAUAAAGCUGCACAGUUAAGAUUCACUGGAAAGUUACCAGCGCUGACAAUUGUAUUAAAUCCUUCAUUUCGGGAUGUUGAUGAUGGUGUUCGAUAUGUUGAAAACUUUUUAAAAAAUAUACUGCCAACUGUCACAUCAUCAUGCCAAAAACUUAAACAGAAAGUGGUUGAUUCAUACAUAAAAGAAGUUUUGAAGUGCUUUAAUGGAGAUGUGCAGGUGUAUUAUGAUGAAGAUGAUAACACAUGCUUGUGGUGUGUGUGUGAAGAAAAAAAUUCUCAUUUAAUUGGCGAAGCUUUUGACCUGUUGGCUCAUGGUGAUUAUCAUGAAAGGGUCUCCAAUGAUCCACCAAGCCAUGAUCAUGAUGAAACAUUGAUAACAUGUCGUUUGAUUCCAUUGGAAUUGGAACUUUGCAAAAAAUUCAAUAUCUCAGAGACAUUGAGAGCUUAUCAUGGGAAAGCAAUCAAACAUAUUUCUAUUGAUGAAGACAAAUGUGAAUUUAAGAUUAGUGUAAUAAAUGGUGAUGGCUCUGUUGUCAAAAAAGAUAUCCAACGCUUCCUUGAUGUGAAGAAAGAUACAAAGAUGGCCAUCAAAAAGAUUCCUAAAUGCUGCAUUAAUUUCUUGAAAAUGCCUGUAGUAAAGAAAGAAAUUGGCACAGAGGUGCCAUACUAUGUUCAUGUUCAAAAUGACGAAUGUAAUCCUGAUGUAUACAGUGAUACACAAGAGAAUGCCAACAAAGUUGUUUGCAUAAUUGAAGGCUUGUUUCUGCAGGAAAAGGUUGAUUUGAAAAUUUUUAAAUGUGGUUCAGAUAUUUUAAAGACAAAGGUUGAAGAAUGGAGAAAAGAAUUGUCUGACAUGGUUGGUAUUGACUUUACUGCAGAGCACUUUGAAAUAUGGGGUCUAAGAAGAUAUGUAGAAAAGAUAUUAUCUCAGCUGGAAAACGAGUGUCAACAAAAUACAAAGGCAUCGUCAUUAGAAUUGAGUGGCAAAGAUAAAUUUCUCACAGCAUGUGAAGGAGGAGAAAUCCCAUUUUCAAAAGAAGAAGAUGUUAAUUGUUUGGAAAGUAGGGCCUUCCAAAACAAAAUUGUAGAAAUCCAAGAUAAACACAAUUGUUUAAUAAAACUUGAUAUGGAAAAUGCCUACCCUUUAGAGAAUAGAAUAACAAAUGGAUGGAGUUGGUAUUUCCAAAGUGGACAAAGAGUCUCAUUUGAAAAUUCUGAAGUAAUAGCUAUGCAACCAAACCAGACAUCAUGUGUAGUCAAAUUUCUUCCACAGACUCAACAAACAAAAUCAGUGAUACAUAUUCAAAAAGGCAACACAACCCACUCCAAAAAUGCAUUGCAAGCAACAAUUUCUCUGCCGGUGUGGAGAGAUGGACAAAGUAAGGAAAAGGAGUUUUUAAGAAAAUUCAUUCAAUUGCUUUUUCUAAGACUUCGAGACCAAAAUAUUUCAACAGUUGUUUUCGAAUUGGUGAUGGAUAGUACUCCCCAGUGGCCAGAAAAACAAGUUUUAAAAUCCAUUCUCUAUUGGAGGCGACAUUUCAUGGAUUUGACAGUGUUUUGUCAUCCUGACAGCGACAAAUACAAAAAACUUUUGCCUAUUUUUCAAGAAUUGAAAGAUGAGCCCGAAAGAGAAACAAUCUGUAUAAGAAUAGAGAAGAAAAGAUUUACAGAUGUGAAGGUUCAGGUUUUGGUGAACACUGUUGGAAUGGAUCUCAUUCUUAAAAAGGGGCAUGUCUCUAAUUCAAUCUUGCUGGCAGCAGGGAAUGAGAUUCAAAUGGAGGCAAAUGAGAAGUUCCCUAGUGGAUUAUCAGGAGGAGAGGUGCUUGUUACUGAUGCAUAUAAACUGUGUGAGAGAGGGAUUCUGAAGGUGUUCCAUGGAAGUCUUUUACCGUGGAAGGACUUUGAAAGCAUUGCAGCUAUAAAGUUAUUUGUGGCGAAGUGUUUGUGUCUUGCAACAGAGAAUGGCUUGACUUCAAUUGCAUUCCCUGCACUUGGUACAGGAAAUUUAGGAUAUGAACAUAGAAAUGUAGCCGCUGCUAUGUUUGAAACUGUUCGAAGUUUCAUGGAGGGUUCGGUCUACACGUCUGUGAAAGAAGUGGUCUUCAAUGUGUUUGAUGAAAAAAGUAUAGAGGUAAUCUUUUGA